AGUUUUACACUAGAACAGACAUCUGACAACAGACUGACUAUUACAUAGCUGUCACUUUUUAACAUUUCCACCCCUGGAAAAAAAAAAAAAAAAGCUCUUGCUCAAGCAUUGGCGAGAAGCGUUUCAGAGCACUGUUUGACUGUUUGUUUGGUGGGGUUUUUUUCAUGGAGACUUACUAGAAAUCAGUGUUCCAUUUUAACCGCUGAAGGAAUGUGCAAUCGUGGUGUGUGAGCUCAGACACUGCAAGGGAGUGCUGCGCGGCGCGCUGCCUGCAAGACCUUGUGAGGAGCUGUCUCCGGGGAGGAAAAAAACAAACAACCCAGAGCCCUUGAAAUCGGAGCCGAGUUUACCUGCUCCACCUCCCUUGUCCUUUCACCGCACCCGCUUUUGUCCCACCCAGGUAGCCUAACAACUGUGAUGUGGAUUGGAAAUACUAUACAGUGACCUCCAAAACGUGCGGUGGACUUUUUUUUUCUUUCCUCAUGCAUUCUUAUUCCCGCCGCGUUAAAUUUUCCUAUUACAUAAAAUUAAGGAGGCUCAAUCUUCCGUGAUCUGCCUGAGAUCUGUCAUUAGUUGCUGCUAAUUGCAUCUGCUGCGGGACUUGGGGAUGGCCAUAGAACAAUGGAAGCUAAUGAGUAAAACAGCUGCUGGAUCCAGCAAAGCAAUUUGUCGCUCCCUCUGACUCCGGCUUGUGAGCUGAGGCGGGCUCAGCGGGUCCUGCUCUUCUGUCUGUUUGGGAAGGUCAUCGCACAGAGCAGGACUGACAGAGGCGGCUUCCGGGAUGGUGCGGUCAGCCAGUGAUUUUGACCAGCUUCCAGAUGAUGUACCUGUUUCAGCUAAUAUUGCAGAUAUUGAAGAGAAGAAAGGCUUUACUAAUUACUAUAUGUUUGUCAUUGAAGUAAAGCUUAAAGGUGGUGGCAGAUACCUGAUUUUCCGGCGCUAUCGUGAGUUCUAUGCCCUGCACACCAAACUAGAGGAGAGAUAUGGGCCAGACAGCAGUAACAGCCCAUUUACCUGCACACUCCCUGUACUGCCAGGAAAAGUUUUUGUUGGUGCCAAAAAGGAAAUUGCUGAGAACAGGAUUCCUAUCCUAAAUGUCUAUAUGAAGAACCUGCUCUGCCUCCCUGCUUGGGUGUUGAUGGAUGAGGACGUUCGGCUGUUCUUCUACCACUCAACCUUUGAUGGCGAGCAGGUGCCUCACAGACUGAGACGGCUUCGCCCACGGACACGCCGAGUUAAGAGUGUUUCAGAUCAAGUGCCUGUUUUUGACCGCACCGCAGCUCCGCGGGCUGAGGCACUGUUUGAUUUUCCUGGAACCAAUAAACUGGAACUCAGAUUCCAGAAAGGAGAUUUGAUCUAUCUACUCAGCAAAGUAAACAAAGACUGGUUGGAGGGAACUGCUGAUGGUGCCACUGGGAUUUUCCCAUGUGCUUUUGUGAAGAUCAUAAAAGAUUUACCACAGCAGGAAGACACGGUUAAUAAAGUUCGCUGUUAUUACUAUGAUGAGACUGUGAGCACCAUCAGGGAUAUCUCAGUGGAAGAGGAUCUGAGCAGCAUUCCAUCAUUCAAAGAUCUAAUGGAAUUGAUGAGGCAGGAGUUUAACCAAGAAGACAUUGUUUUGAAUUACCGGGACCCUGAAGGCGACCUGAUCCGCUUGCUCUCCGAUCAGGAUGUUGAACUCAUGGUGUCUCAGAGCAGAAGAAGUCCCUCUGAGAAGCACUUCUUCCCUUGGAAGUUGCACAUCACUCACAAAGAUGACUUGGGUGUCUACAACACUAGUCCAGGAACAGGUGCUGCUCAAGCAGUAGGGGCAAUAUAAGUGCUAUAUAGAUAUCCCUCUCUGCAGGCAGUUUCCUUCAAAAUGUCUUUGAAGUGUCCUUGAAAUGAGUAAUUUUUAGUGAUAUAUUA